CAGCGCCGCGGCUCCCAUUGGUUGCGGUCCAGGGGUCCCAGCCUAUCCUGCCAGGGGUCGUGUUUCUCCUGGACUGGGACCCCCGAGACUCAGAAGCGAAGGGCACCCUUGGACGGAGUCACAAGCACCGCCGACCCAGUGACACGUUGGCAUCAGUCUGGAGCUGCCGCCUCCGUGGAUGUUGGAUGUUGAUUCCCAGAAGCCCCCCAAGGGGAAAUGGUCCACACCGCCCUUUGACCCGCGCUUCCCCAACCAGAACCAGACCCGAAACUGCUACCAGAACUUCCUGGACUACCACCGCUGUGUCAAGAGAAUGAGCCGCCGCGGGAAGAGCGCGCAGCCCUGCGAGUAUUACUUCCGCGUGUUCCACUCGCUGUGCCCCAGGAGCUGGGUGCAGCGCUGGACCGAGCAGAUCCAGGAAGGGACCUUCGCAGGCAAAAUCUGAUGGCCUGAGUGCGGCUUCUCGGAAGGGUCAGCGUCCUGACCCCCAUCCUCGCGUCUCCCGGAGACACAGCCCCGGCUAUCCACUCCCCGGUCUGUAAGCCACAAAUAAAGCUCUGUUGCUGCUGA